AUGACCUUCGACUUCUCCAGGAGUGCUUGCAACAAUAUUCCCUGUUCCCCUGCUAAGACCCUACUACUAGCGCGUAGAUUGUCUGGCGCAAGAUGGAGCUCUACGGAUCAUGGUCACCAAUGGUCGACGCCUUUGGCCAGGCAAUUGGCAGCGGCAAUUACGACCACCGGACCGCUUCCCGUAGCUUCGUUCAUGCGACAAGUCUUGACCUCUGACCUGGGCGGCUACUACACUGGAGCUCUGUCUUCAGAUCGAGACCAAUUUGGUGCGAAAGGAGACUUUGUAACUUCUCCAGAAAUCAGCCAAAUCUUUGGGGAGCUGAUAGGCGUUUGGGUCGUGGCGGAAUGGAUUGCCCAAGGGAAAAAGAGCGAGGGCGUAUACCUCAUGGAAGUAGGCCCAGGCAGAGGCACGCUGAUGAGCGAUAUGCUACGUACUAUCCGCAAUUUUCCUCCACUUGCCAAAGCCGUCGAAGCUGUCUACCUGAUCGAAGCCAGUGAUACAUUACGGAAAACGCAGCACGAACUGUUAUGUGGCGACAACCCAAUGACAGAAACCAAGCUUGGGUGGGAAAGCAUCAGCCGCCAUUCACCUGACCUCAAGAUCGUCUGGACGGAAGACCACAAGUUCGUGCCUCGAGAUGCAUCGAAGACGCCUUUCAUCAUCGCACACGAGUUUUUCGAUGCCUUACCCAUCCACAUCUUUCAGUCAACGUUUAUACAACCUGACGAGAAGAAACAAAUACAGACGCCUACUGGACCGAUACAAACGAAACAGAAGACCCAGGAGGGACACCAGUGGAGAGAACUUCUCGUCUCACCAAAACCACCACACCGGCUGAAAUCAGGAGAGCCGGAAUUUGAGCUGUCAAUGUCGAAAACGGCGACUCCUCAUUCAAUGUAUCUGCCCGAGACAUCUCCACGCUAUACGGCACUGAAGACGACAGAUGGCGCGACGGUAGAGGUCAGCCCCGAGAGCCAGACAUACACCAGAGACAUGGCUAUCCGGAUAGGAGGCUCAAAUCCGGAAGAGAUUGCAGCUCAUCAACAACAGGCGACGAAGUCCAAGACUGUAAUACCUGGUCGACAGGUAUCUCAAGCUCCGCGCGAAACACCACUGGACAAGCCGUCACCCUCCGGAGCUGCCUUGAUCAUUGACUAUGGGCCACCAGAUCGCAUUCCGGCCAAUUCACUCCGCGGUAUCAGGCAGCACAAGAUUGUUUCGCCUUUUGACGAACCGGGCGCCACAGACGUGAGUGCAGAUGUGGACUUCCUAGGUUUGGCAGAGACAGCAAUCAACUCCUCUCCUGGCGUUGAAGUCCAUGGUCCUGUCGAUCAAGCACGCUUCUUGACAGCUAUGGGCAUUGAAGAGCGGGCCGCUCAACUCGUCAAGAAGGCACUGGAUGACGAAAGAGCUGGGAAAGGCGGCAAGGACAAGGCUGAGCUCACAGAAACCGUGAAACGAAUAGAGAGUGGAUGGAGGAGGCUGGUAGAUGUCAGCCCGCAAGGUAUGGGUAGGCUUUAUCAAGUCAUGGCGAUCUUGCCACACUCUCCGCCUGCACCAGGACAGCAACAGAGAAGACCGGUGGGAUUUGGAGGCGAUGUUCAGGCAUAA